AUGUCUGCCACAAAUAGUACGCACCAACAGCAACAGCAUGUCGACACAGCAGCAGCCCACGAUGUCGAGUUUCUGUCGGUGGCGGCCAUGAGCGGUCCAGACGGGCAGAAUGAACCAAUGCAGGACAACCCCUCUUUUGCAACUCUGGUCACGGCAGCUGUGAAGUUGUCAGCAGUUGUUCAGCACGAACAGGCAUCCAACAAUGUGGCAGUGACUGGUGUGCCGUUGCGUUUACUCGAUGUUCAACGCGAACUUGUUGCUCUUUGCCAGCAUGAUCUUCGUCAUUUCGUGGACGUUUACUGCGAUGGAGUCGGUCACAUCUAUCCGUGUAUCUCGCGAGACUCCUGCAUCGAUGCUCUGAACCUUUCCCUUCAAGCUGAGCGGGAUGGCAUGGCACCUCAAAACGAUCACUUACCUUCCGAGGAUCUCAUCCUCGUCUGCCUAGUCGCAAGUCUCAGUAUCAUGAACACAUCCUAUUCCCAAAUUGCGAAACCUAUGGUGGACCGUCUGGUCGCAGCGUCACUCGCGCUUCUGCCUGGCGUUGCCACAGAGGCAGCCGAUAUCGAGGCUGUUCGCUGCUUGACCUUGGCCUCCAUAGUGUCUAUCUACCGGUUUGAAGAAGCAUCGAGCUGGCAUUUCUUGGGUUUGGCUAUUACUAAAGCUAUCUCUGCUGGGAUCCACCGCCAACGACAGACAGACGGUGCUCCUGGUGACUCAACGCAGCUGUUCUGGGCUCUAUACAAACUCGACCGCAGGUUUGCAUUCGUUUUGGAUCGACCUUUCAGCAUUGAAGACGGUGAUAUGACUGUUCAGCUGCCUCAGGCUGGCGCCAGUCCUCCCGGAAGUCAGAGCCUCUCGGAUCCUCAGUCCGUCUUCGUGUGGACGAUCCACUACGCCCAGAUGUUGUCCGGCUGGCGUCGGCACGCCGGGAUUGACGUUGAUGAAUGCUAUUCUGGAUUUGAGUACUGGCGAGAGACUUGUGCCGAGCUAGUCAGUGCCUUACGGAAAUCCGGUGCGACCAAAGCUACUACUGUGUCAUCGCAACUUAUCUCCGUACUCGCACUCAAUGAGAGGCAGCUAUCGUGUCGCGCAUUGACGCACCUGCUUGUUUUAUCACUUGGGCAAACAGACACUGAAGCGCUGAGGUGCAAUGUUUGCGAGUUGAUCCGUGUCGAGGUUCCUCACCUCCUUAACGUGUACAAGACCAGCCUGGACGCGCACGAUGUUGCUCCUAGCAUUCUGGAUGCGUAUGAUAUCAUGGGCGCCAUAGUGGCCUUUAUCUGUGCACUUCAACACCCCCGGCAUACCGCUGAGAAUGGCGCUACGGUGCUGAGCCGCACAAUCAGUAUUGCCGACAUGAGGAUUAUAACUAUGGCGACUGAUGUCUUGCAGAGAAUGGCCAAGAGAUACAACCCGGUGCUCGAUUUCCAAGAGCUCCUAUGGAACUUUCUCUCUGCCCUCGAGCAGAGAACAGGAGAUUCUCCGCACUCGAAUCCAGCACCAGGCAAUCAUCCUAUGCAGUUGCUGCAACAAGCAUUAUCCACGUGUCGUCUGCCCGUCCCAUAUCAUUUGACGGUGUUGAUGGAGGCUGCUGUUAAGUAA